CACAACAAAGACGGAGCACGGUUCGGACGGACGCAAGGAGGACCAGUGGUCCGACCCGAAGCAACGUGUCUUGGAGUGCAAACAAUUCAGUUGGCCCUGCACCGAGAGUCUCGCAGGAGAAGCAGAAAGAAAGAGGUUCGGAGAAGUGGCUCGAGUGCAGCAGCGAGCGCCGAGCUCGGUCUCGAGAGCUCAGUCUUGGAGCGGCCGCCGAACGCGACUGACUGUCCGUGCGCGUCUGCAAACAAGCGCGAAAAGAUCAUUUCGGAAAAAAGGCUGGAAACCGGAAUUCCCACGCUGCGGAGUGAGAGUGGUGGAGCGAAAAAGUCCCCCCUUCGGAAGAGCGAGCGGCCCACACCGCGGCGUGACGUCGCGGUCAGCAUGGAGGCCUUUUAUGGUCGCACCACCAGGUCGUCGUGGGCUCCGCCGGGCACACCCCUGCUGUAGGUGUCCCCCCACGUGACCUGUGAUUGUUAUGCGGUGCUAAACGCAGCUGACGCAGUGGGGACGAACAACAAGAGCAGCGCCGGUUUGUGCUCCAGUCGCAAGAACAACGCCGGACCCUGCGUGGUCAUGAACCCUGUGCUCGUUUUUGACUUCUAGUUUUGACACUUCUUGUUGGUAAAAAAAAGAGAGAAUUAGUUUUUGUGCGAUAUGUCGACGCAGUCGUACUACAAGGAGCGCCUCGGCUUCGACCCCCAGGAGGAGGCCAACCACUUUGACAAAAACCAACAGGGCUACGAGGAGAAUUUGUCCAAGUUCAAAGGUUUGUGGGAGAUUUUCGUUUCCACUCUAGAUGAACGUGAUGCCAUACAGAAGAAGACCUUCACCAAAUGGGUGAACAAGCACUUGAAAAAGACCUACACGUGUCUCCACGUGUGUUCAAAUACGAGUGGACCUUGCUGCUCUCCAACCGCGAACCGUCACGUGAAUGAUUUAUUCGAGGAUCUGCGAGAUGGCCACAGCCUCAUCUCGCUGCUCGAAGUCCUCUCCGGCGAGCACCUGCCGCGAGAGAGAGGUCGCCUGCGAUUCCACAUGCUGCAGAACGUGCAAGUGGUGCUCGACUUUUUGCGCUACAGAAAGAUAAAGCUGGUGAACAUCCGCGCCGAGGACAUUGUUGACGGGAAUCCCAAGCUCAUCUUGGGUCUCAUCUGGACCAUCAUUCUGCACUUCCAGAUCUCGGACAUCGUGGUAGGACAGGAGCCCAACGUCAAUGCCAAAGACGUGCUCCUGCGUUGGGCCCGCCGCACAACGGCCCGCUACCCCGGCGUCCGCGUCAACGACUUCACUGGCAGCUGGCGCGACGGUCUCGCAUUCAACGCCAUCAUCCAUCGCAAUAGACCCGACCUCAUCGACUGGAGAAACAUUCGCAACCGUGCCAACCGCGAGAGACUGGACCAGGCAUUCCACGUUGUCGAGCGAGAGUACGGAGUCACCAGGCUUCUUGAUCCCGAAGAUGUGGACAUUCCACAGCCAGACGAGAAGUCACUCAUCACCUACAUUUCGUCCCUUUACGAUGUCUUCCCUGAACCACCGCCACUCCACCCACUCUAUGACCCUGAAUUGCAACGACGCUCCGAAGAGUACCGCGAGGUGUCCAGCUCUCUGCUCAUCUGGAUGAGGGAAAAGCUUGUGAUCAUGCAAGACCGCAACUUCCCCCCGACCCUCAUCGAGAUGAAGAAGUUGGCCAGCGAGUCGUCGCGCUUCCGCAACGAGGAGGUGCCGGUGAAGCUGCACGACAAGAACCGGCUGGCGCACCUGUGGCGCGACCUGGAGAAGCACCCUGAGUCCUCGUCAGGCGAGAUCGACAUGGAGGCCGAGCUGCGCAUCGACAGCCUCGAGAAGCACUGGAACCGGCUGAUGCAGGCGCACCAGGAGCGCGACCAGGCCAUUGUGGAGGAAAUCAAACGACUGGAAAGACUGCAGCGGCUCGCCGAGAAGGUGCACCGCGAGAUGAAGGGCGUCGAGGGCAGGCUGGAGGAGCUCGAGCACCGCGUCGACGAGGAGGCGCGCAGACUCGACCGUCUGCACCCGCUCGACGCCAAGCACAACGCCGACGCUCUGGAGCACGAGCUCAGGAUUGUCGAGGACAGCAUCCAGGCUCUCUUCUCUGAUGUGCAGGUCCUGCUUGAUGGCAGGUACCCGCAAGCUCAGGAGAUGCACAAGAGAGUGCAGAAGCUGCACCAGCGCUGGGUCAACUUGCGCUCGACUCUGCACACCAAGCUGAUUUCCCAGCUGGCGUCCAUGUCGUUCCCAGUUGAGGAAAGAACCGUCACCAGACACACAAAGACGGUCACAGAAACCAGACUUGUGGACACCAACAUUCACUUCAGGCAGCUGCAAGAGUGCAUCGACUGGUGCAGAAACAAACUUAGCAACAUUGGUGAGGCCCGAUUCGGAAACGAGCUGGCUGAAGUCAACAUCGAACUGGAGGCGCAGAUCAGGGAACACAACCUGAUCGAGCAGUUCAACACCCAAGUGGAGCAAUGCAUUGGAGCCAAGAACAACUUUGGCGGUGAAGAGCUCAUCCUCUACACGCAACAGCUGGUUGUGCUGCAGAAAAUGUACAUCGAGCUGCGCACCAUCUCGGCCAAGCGUCUGCACGACCUGGAGGUGUUGCAGGACUUCUUGCAAUCGGCCACCAACGAACUCAUGUGGCUCAGCGAAAAGGAGGAGGCUGAAAUCAAACGCGACUGGAGCGACAAGAAUCUUGACUUGCAAGCCAUUGAAAAUUACUAUGAGAACUUGAUGAGUGAUCUGGAAAAGAGGGAGAUCCAGUUCAGUGCCGUCCAAGACCGUGGAGAGGCGCUGAUUCUGCAGCACCACCCUGCGGCCAAAACCAUCGAGGCCUACAUGACUGCCAUGCAGAGCCAGUGGGCCUGGCUACUCCAGCUGACCCUCUGUCUGGAGACACACCUGAAACACGCCAACCACAAUCACGCCUUCUUCCGCGAGGCCAGGGAAUGUGAACACUGGAUUACACAGCGUGACGAAGUGCUCAACUCCGUCUACUCGGUGUCUGAAUUCUCUCUGGAUGAGGGGGAAAGGCUGCUGAAGGGCAUGCAGGAGCUCAGAGAAGAACUUGCUCAUUAUGGUGAGGUUGUCCAGGCUUUGGUUGACCGAGCUAAGGAUGUGGUGCCCCUUAAGCAGCGUAGACAGCCUGUGUCGAGACCUAUGAAGGUCAACGCCAUCUGUACCUUCAAGCAAAAUAAUGUCUCGAUUGAAAAGGGAGACCAGGUAACUCUUCAUGACAACGCUCAAAGGAGCAAGUGGAAGGUGACCACGGUGCACAAUGUGGACGCUGGCGUUCCUGGAGUCUGCUUCAGUCUGCCGCCACCUUGCAAAGACGCCAUGGACCUGGCCGAGAGGCUGCAAAGGCAGUUCGACCGGUCAGUUGCCCUUUGGCAGAAGAAGCAGCUGCGCAUGAGGCAGAACAUGAUUUUCGCCACCAUCAAGGUUGUCAAGAGCUGGGAUCUCCAGCAGUUCCUUGCCAUGGGUCAGGAACAGAGGAAUGCCAUUCGAAAGGCGCUGAAUGAAGACGCUGACAAGCUGCUGCAAGAGGGUGACCCUAAUGACCCCCAACUCCGCAGACUGCGCAGAGAAAUGGACGAGGUCAAUAGGCUGUUUGAUGAAUUUGAACGCAAGGCCAAACUCGAAGAGGAAAUGAAGCAAUUGACUCGUCUGUUCAAUGAGAAGUCCUCGACUCUUCUGACCCAGCUAGAGGAGAUCGAACACACCCUGGCCAUGCGUGCUGUUGCCACCAUUCCUAGAGACCUGGACACCCUGGAGCACCUGGUCAUUGACCACAAGGAGCUCGAACAAAGGCUGCAGUCUCUGGAGCCUGAAGUGGAGGCUGUGCAAAAUACAUUCCGCUCCAUUCCACGCAAGACACAAUCCAUGCAGACAAAGAUGGACACCAUCAUCAACAAGUGGACCACUUUGUGGAGCUCGUCGCACCUUUACAUCGAGAGGAUGAAGUGCGUCGAAAUUGUACUGGCUGGCUUGGACGAGGCCACCACCGUUGUGUCUGAGUACGAGCUCAAACUCACUGCCUUCCGUGAAAUGCCAUCUGACUUAGAUUCACUGCAACAAAUGCACGAAGAGCUUGUCCAGCUGCAAUGCAACAUGCAGCAACAGCAGCACAUCAUUGAUCAACUUGGAGACGACGCUGCCAACACCAGGCGCCUGGUUGAAAAGUCUCGCCCUGCAACUCAGAGGGCUCACCCUGACGUUGACAGACUUGAACAAGAUGUCCAGAGAGUCACCAACAGAUGGGCUUCUGUCUGCAACCAAAUGGUUGAAAGACUCCGAAGUUGUGAGGCUGGCUACGAGCUGUUGCAAAAGUACAGCAGCCAGUACACGCAGGAGGUCUCCUGGAUAGAUGAGAGCUACUCGCAGCUGAAGACUCUGGCUCCCCUGGAGGGUCUGGCCAGAGAGCAAAUUGAGCCUACAACCGCACUUUAUAAUAAGGUGAACGAACACAUGCCACAAUUAGAAAAAGUCAAUGUGGUUGGAUCAAGAUACAUUAGGGAGGCAAAGAUUUACGCGUCCAGACUGCAGCAGUUCAGGCGGCUGGUGGAGGAAAUGCAGCCGAGCUUUGACGCCUCCCAGCAGAUAAAGCGACCGCGCUCGUCCUCCUUGCCCGGGGAUGAGGUGGUCAGCGAGCAGCUGGACACCCUGAACCACCGCUUCCAGAGCCUGCUGGAUAUUUUGUCUGACAGAAUCAAGCAGUUUGCGGCUCUGAACCCUGACGACCCUGAGAUCAAGCUCAUUGUGUCGCAAAUGAAGCCGCGCGAGUUCCGCACCUUCAGGACAGAGCUCAACUUGUCGGAUCUCAACUCAGACCCUAGAAUAACAGAUAACUCGCAGGACCUGGUCGACUCGUCGCCACUGCACAACCGUUCGAGCGCAGUCAUCGUGAGCUCUCGCGAGGGCUCGCCUUUAAAACACCCUUACCACAAUGGGGGAACUAACGGCAACUAUGACCCCAAUGGAACCAGUCUAGUCUUUUCCGAAACUCGCUCAGUACGUAGGAUUUAUUCAAGUGACCCAGGUGGGGGUGGUGGGGAUUUAAGUCAAACUAGGGGAAUCAUUGACCCUCGAAGUGGGGAGGUUUUGACGUUGGCCGAAGCCAUAGCCAAACGAAUUCUAGAUGUAAGGACAGGGCAGUUAAUAGACCCCCGAACGGGCACAAAAAUGAGCAUUGGCGAGGGUGUAGCCGCUGGUCUCAUUGAAGAGAGGUUGGCGCAAAAGUUGCUCGGCCCUGGCGGCGUCGACGUCAACAAUCGACCCGCCACUCUGCUAGAGGCCAUCCAGAGAGAGAUCCUGGAGGCCGAACGGGGCGGCACCUUUGUCGAGCCGCACUCAGGCAAGCAGAUCUCCUUUGAAGAGGCCUACAACCUGGGACUCGUCCGGCGGGAACAGGUAAGCCCCCUCCUUUCUUGCUUACUUGCUGCACCUCCCACCAUCGACGAGGCCAUCGAAAAGGGUCUAUUGGACCCGGCAAGCGCCUCGUACGUUGACCACAGCACUGGCUCACGUAUCCCCUUCUCGGAAGCGAUAGAUAGGGGUUUGAUAACCGUCAGCAAAAGCACCCUUGUCUAUAGAACUCCCGGCGUCGCCUUGUCAGACGCAAUCACGCAAAAUCUCGUCGAGGAAUAUUCAGGGCAGCUCGUUGACCGCCGAACGGGUGAGAAACUAACCCUGGAUGAGGCUGUCGACAAAGGCAUCGUCAACCCUGGAAUCAGGGAGAUCGUCGACUCUGCUCAAGACGUGAAGCUGACCCUGAAAAAGGCCAUGGAGGUUGGCAUCAUCAACGCCAUCCAGGGCCGGUACGAGCACCGAGCCUCUGGUGAGCGACUCACAUUCCACGAAGCGCACAGAAGGAAACUCAUCAUCAGGCCAAUGACCCUGAAGGACUGCUGUGACCAGGAUUUGAUAAGUGAGGACGGCAAAAUCACCAGUCCAACGCACAGACGCAAAAUCACUAUUCUUGAAGCCGUCUCAGCCGGCGUUCUGGACGUUGACGCAAAAUCAGUCAGUAAUGUUGCCACUGGAGAACUGCAGUCCCUGUCGCAGGCCCUUGCGACUGGAAUUAUUCUACCUGAAGGAAAGUACAAAGACACCGGUGCCAAUAAACUGCUCACAAUUCCAGAGGCGGCUGACAAAGGCCUGAUAACCUCUGUUGCUCAAAAAAUGAUUUUCGACAUUGAUGGAAUUCGCGAUCCAGACACAAGCGAGUUUGUCAGUUUAAAUAUUGCACUCUUUAGAGGCUUGAUUGAUCCUAACACUGGGGAGUUAAUUUUGGACCCCAGCACUGGAGAGAGUUUGUCACUCCAAGAAGGAGUGGAAAUGAAACUUGUGCAGCCCCAAGUUUUGGAAAUGCUGAACCGGAAAGUGGGCAUCAUUGACGUCAUGGGAAGAGAAAUGUCUGUGAUUGAGGCUGUGAUAAAAAAGAAGUUGGAUCCGAGAACGGGCCAAAUUUUGGAAAAUGGCCACCCUAUUUCAGUUGACGAGGCCAUCCAGAAGAACAUAAUUACGGCCGAAGGCGCCGCAAUGCUUUCAGGCCUGCUGGACAUCACGGUUACCACCUCAACGGUGACUAAAACAAUCAAAAGAUAUGUCACAGUGACCUCAAGUGGAGUGACCAAUACCGAGGUCACCAUGAGCUACGGAGAAGCCAUUCGACGCGGCCUUGUGGACGAGUCGGCUGAAACAUUCAAGCACCCUUCAACAGGAGUUAUUAUGUCAAUUCAGGAGGCAGCCCAGAAAGGGCUCAUCAGCGGCGGCUCUCGCACUCCAUCACCUACAAAAAGACCGUCAAGUAAAGAGCAAUCGCCAAUUAAAGAACAACAGAAACGUCCGAGCUCCUCAAUUGAAUCAUCACCUGCGAAAACACCAAGAAGGGGCAGCAGCCCUUCGGUCAUCGACCGGCGAGUCUUUGAGUUGCCCCCGGACGGCUGGUUCCUGUCCGAGGCCAUUGACCAGCGGCUCUUUGACCCGGUCAUUGGCCUCUUCACCAUCCCAGGAACGGACAGACUUGUGUCGUUUGAGGAAUGCGUCAAACUUGGAAUUAUUAAUCCCGAAUCAGCUGAGGUCAUUGACACAAGCAAUGGGCGCCUAAUUUCGCUCAUGAGGAGCCUGGACAAACUUGUGAUUGACGCCACUGGCCACUACAAAGAAAAAUCCGGCAAAAAGGUUACCAUGAAGGAGGCGAUUGAAAAUAGGCAAGUUAUUCUGCAGGCCAGAAUGGACGUUGAAGAUGAAAACUCGCUCUCCUCAAGAUUGAUAAAAAUUACAAAAGUAACUGGUAAGCCGGAUAAAUUAGAAGUUUCUCACCUGGGAGAUGAAUCUCAGUUUAUUGAAAUACACAGCGCCGAUGAUUCUUUAAGCAGUGAGCCGGUUGACCCGGUCAGAGUCAGCGCCGGUGUUGUUUUUGAUCCGACUUCAGCCACAGUCUUACUGCUGCCGGAAAAUGAGAAUGACAGCGCAGCAACCACAAAUCUCGUCACCGCAGUUUUGCAAGGAAAAAUUGAGCCUCGCCUCGUCAAAGUCAAGGACUCAUACACCGGAAAAGAAAUAAAUAUAAAUGAAGCGAUUCGCAAGGGCAUUGUUGAUAAGCAAACUGGAGAAUAUAAGGACAGGAGCGGCCGCAAAUUCUCACUGACUGAUGCGGCUAAACUGGGCAUUGUGACAGUUAUCGGCGCCCCUUUGGUCGCAGGAAUGGCAGUGGCCGAAGGUGUGAAAAGGGCUACCAAGAAAAUCGCGACAGUUCUAGAUAAGAAAACAGGAGAAGAGGUCCCAAUUGAUGAGGCAUUAAAACGAGGAAUGAUCGACGAGCAAAUUUACAAAGAAAUAAAAAACGGGCAUUCUUCGCCUGAAAAACUCGUUUCUUCAAGAGUUGAAACUACAAAAACUUCAAUUGUUAUUCAAGACCCUCAAACCGGCAAAGAAGUUCCAAUCAAAGAGGCGCUGGAAAAGGGCUUCAUCACGCCAGAGCAGCUAGAAGAGUUGUGCAAUAAAAAUAUAAUGCAAGAGAGAACUGUUGAAACCAAAACUUUGCUUCUAGAGGACGAAGAAAUGGAACCCUCGGAAGGUGAUAAAACUAGACACAGAGUUACAACUGAGCCAAAAUAUAGCGUCACAAUUGGCAGAGCUAGAUCAUUCACGCAAUCUCCAGAGCGAGAAGCAAGACCAGUGGUUCUGCAAAAAAUGCGAAAGAAAAUGGUCAAGCCAAAAGACGCAAUUGAUUCUGGCUUAAUUGAUGAAAAAACUGCGAAUUUAUUAGAAAAAAUUGAAAAAGGACCAAAAGGAGAAACUUUAAGUUUGGAUGAGGCUCUAUUACAAAACAGACUUGACGGCAACCAGGGAGAAAUCAAAGAUCCACAACGUGGCGAGAAAUUGAACAUUUCUGAGGCAUUACAAAGAGGAAUAUUGGACUCUGCCUCUGGCCAGUUAUUAAUUCCAGUCGCACAUUCUCUUUCAGUGCUCGAAUUGGUAGAGCAGGGGCUAAUUGAUAAAGACUCCGGAAAAAUAAUCCAUCCAGAAACAGGAACCUUGCUUUCGCUGAAAGAAGCAAUUAUGUGUGAUAUCGUUGAUCCAAUGUCCCCAAUCAAAGAUCCUUUAACUAGCGAAAUGAUGACUUUGGCCGACGCCAUUCAAAACGGCUCAGUCGAUGCUAACGAAACAGUUCUAGUCACCAGAGAAUUCCCAAUUGACCUGCUCACCGCUGUAAACGAGUACAACUUUUUCCAACCGACCCAGCCGUCACCAGAUGCACUACCACUGCCGCCGGUUGGCAUGACGUUCCCACUGGCGUUGCAAAGAGGCCUUGUUGAUGCGGAAAAUAUUGAAAUUAUUCACCCAAUCACCGGUGAGAGAAAGACUGUCGAGGAUGCCAUUAAAAAUGACUUUAUUAUGGCACUUCCUCAUCCAGUUUCUCCCGAUAGCGUUGAAGUAACGCAAGCACUACAGUGCAAUUUAAUUGACAGCCAAACUGGCACAUUUACUAAUCCAAAAUCGGGCAAAGAAGUUCCAGUCUCGGAGGCGGUUGAAAUCGGACUUUUGGUUGUUAAGCCAGUUCCGCACCAUCUCUCAAGCUUUACAGGGCCAGUCACCGCAGUCACUGAAACUGUGACCUCGUACCACACAAUCACCACAAAGACAAUUGAACUUAAGCCAGGCUUCAUUCUCAUCAGCGCCAAUGAAGUUCAAAAUGUGAAAUCUGGUGCUAUCAUGACACUUGAAGAAGCGCGGAGUUUGGGUGCUGUGAAUGAUGAGUCUGAGGUUAAAAAAGAAUUCAGCACCAGAGAAAUUAAAAUGGGCUUUUCGGACGCUGUCGAAAAAGGCCUUGUUGAUCUUCAGAAUGGCACUUAUCAAGAUCCCAACAAUGGAACUAUUUCAAUCGAAGAAGCAAUUUCAAAGGGACUGCUGGACAUGAAUCCAAAACCGUCAUCCCCCACAAAAAUGCGAGCUAACAUGAAUGUCAUUGAGGCUUUUGAUAAAAUUUAUAGCCCUGAAACAGAAUCGUACAUUGAUCCAAAGACUGGAAAACACCUAAGUUUCACUGAGGCUAUGGAAGCUGGUCUGAUUGAUAAAAACUCCGUCGUUUAUGAUGUUAUUUCUGGAAAGCAGUUAACUACAAAGGAAGCAAUUGAAAAGGGCCUUCUUGACCCUCAGACCGGUUUCCUAAAAGACUCUAGUCCCGGAAAAGGAAUGAAUCUCAAAGAGGCUGCUAAACUUGGCUUAUUGGCAGUCGUUGGUGCUCCUAUUCUGGCUGGAAAAGCAAUUUUGGAUGCAGUUAAGAGCGCAAAAGAACAAAAACAAGAAGCACCGCCACCACAACAUGAAAGAAAAUCAUCACUGAAAGAAAAAUCGCCAGUAAUCUCAAUUAUUUCAACUCAAUCGGCCCCUGUUUAUGAAAAGUGCGCGCUGAGAGAUGCAAUUGACGCAAAGAAAAUUCAGCCUCGCACAUGCACCAUCUAUAUUCCAUCUGAAAAGCCUUUGACAGUUGAAGAUGCUCUAAACUGUGGCCUUGCCAUGCCUGAAGAUAUUAUUGAAAUCGUAUCUCGACUUGAAGUGAGACUAAUUGAAAUAGUCAGAAAUCCACCUAGUCCAUACAGCUUGGACAAAAACGCAUUUGUCAGUGAAGGCAUUUACGAUCCUGAGAGUGGAAUAUUCAAGGACGCAACCACUGGAGAGCCUAUUGCUUUCCAUGAAUUAAUUUCUGAUGGUGUUUUUAAUCCCGAUACCAUGUUCAUUAAGGAUUUGCGCACUGACGAAUUUAAGCCAUUGAAAGAAGUUCUUGGUUCGCUGAUUGAUAAGAAUACUGGAAAAAUUGUAGAUCCUAAAACAGGCCAACGAAUCUCAUUCUUUGACGCAGUUGAAAUGGGUCUCAUUCAAGAGCAGCAAAUUAUUUUGGAUGACUCGAUUGAGUCCAAAACACCUGCGUUGUCACUGACUGACCUGGUUCACAAUGGAAUUUACGAUCCAGAAACUGGAGACCUGACUGAUCCAACAACAGGCGAAAAAAUUAGCCUCGUAGACGCCAUCGCCACUGGCGCAAUUGACCCUCGUUCGAUCAACAUUCGCAACCCUGAAAACGAUGACAUCAUUCCUCUGACUGAGGCAAUCAAAUUCGGAAUAAUUGAUCUCCAAAAAGGCGUGAUUGUCAAUCCUGAAACUAAAAAAGAAUUUAAUCUGAAAGAUGCAUUUUUAGAGGGGCUCCUUGUGAGCAAAAGAAGGCCACUGUCAAUUCAAGCACUUGUGCAGAAAAAGUUGUACGAGCCCGACUCCGGUCUCAUUACAGACACGCUCACAGAGCAGCAGGUUACUUUGGAGGAGGCAAUCAAACGUGGCAUAGUUGAUGUUUUUAAUACUGAAUGCAAAGAUACAAACACCGGCUACUACACCCUCUUGGAAGAUUCGCUCAACAAUGGCAUCAUCGACCAAAUUCACGGAAAAUUCAACGAUAAGUCGGCAAAGCAGCAAAUGCCGUUGGACAAAGCUGUAAAAGAAACAUUCAUUCGCACAGUUCAAACUCAAUUGCCCUUAAUUGAAGCAAUCAAACUUGAAGUUUACUCACCCUCCAGUGGAAAAUUGUUUGACCCAACCAGUGGAGACGAAAUAACUUUAAAGCAAGCAAUGGCUGAGAAAUUUGUGGACUGCACCGCUGCCAGAAUUAAAAAUGAUCUCAAUGGAAAAGUUAUUCCCGUUGAAGAAGCUGUAAAAAACAAUUUACUAGAUGACGAAGAAGGAAUACUCACGUACCCGCACCCGAUGAAAUUAGACUCUGCGUUAGAAAAAGGCUACAUCAUGAGUACCAAAAAGCCGUGGACCCUGCAAGAAGCUUUAGCACACGGCUGCUAUGACCCACAGACUGGUUUGAUGACCAUUGGUGAGACUUGUACGCUAGAUGAUGCGAUGAAGAAGGGAGACAUCAACAGAGGCGCUUUGACCGUUAAAGACCCCAGGUCAAGAGAUAUUAUCACUCUCGGCGAGUCCAUCAAAGUGGGAAUCAUUGACCCCAAGGCUGGAAUGGCAACUGACCCAACAAACGGCGCCGACAUGCACUUCUACGAUGCACUUGAAAGAGGCCUAAUUAUUCCUGCUAAGCGCAAAUUUUCGUUACCUGAGGCUGUAUUCAAGGGUUUCUAUGACCCCAAAUCUGGCAAAUUCAUCACUCCGGAAUCUCAAGAAAAACUGACGACCGACAAAGCAAUCAGAGGAGGAAUAAUUGACCCUGCAACAACUUUGGUUAAAAGUCACAUAACUGGAGACCUAGUCACCUUUAUCCAGGCCGUGAAAGACGGACUGAUUGAUGCAAAAGCAGGCACUUUAAAAACAGGGCGCUUCAAACGCGUUGAUUUUCAAGAAGCAUUCGACCAGGGCUUGCUGAUCGAAGCUCGAGUGCCCAUGUCUCUGAGCGAGGCGCUGGCCAAGGGCGUUUUUUGCGAGCGAAGGGCACGUUGGCUUGACCCGAGCACCGGAGAGUGGCUAACCUUGGCUGAAGCUCUCGAGUGCCGCCUGGUUGACCCGGAGUCGGUGCACGUGAGAGACACCAGAUCUGGAUUUUGGAAGAAAAUUUCUCUCGCUGAAGCAAUUGAUGCUGGAUUUAUUGACAGCGAAACCGGCAAGUUAAAAGACUAUGAAAGAGAUGUAGAGGUCACCCUCUCGCAAGGAUUUGAUCUUGGCCUCAUCGUCGACAGCAAGGCGGCCAUUUCACUGCAAAAAUCCAUCCACCAAGGACUCUACGAUGACACCUGCGGAAAAAUCACCGAUCCAAACACAGGUAGAAAAAUUACUCUGCACGAAGCGAUUCGCAGAUAUAUAAUCAAUCCAAUGCUGCCGUGCUUCUGGGACAAAAAAUCAGGCCGUUUGCUCUCUUUGGUUGAGACAUGCCGCGCCGGAAUAAUUGACAGACGUGCCGGAAGCUUCCACGAACCCGGCUCUGAUAUUGUUAUUUCCAUUUCAGAAGCUCUUGAACUUGGCUUAAUUGUCGACAUUGAAAACGCGUUUGGCCUGUACGAGGCAAUUAAAAUGGGCUUGUACGAUAACGAAACAAAAAAAUUCGUGCACCCUGCAAGUGGGCGCAAGCUUACUUUAAGUGAGGCCUGCAAAGAGGAAUUUAUCAGCCCAAAAUUGUCAAUCAUAAAACAUGCAAAUACAGGUGCUUACAUGAAACUGCCCGCUGCUGUUGAUUUAAAUUUAAUUAAUGCUGACGCUGGCGUGUACAACAUGCCUGACAUUAAACCAACUCACGCAAUUAACCUGAAAGAAGCUCAGGAGCGCCAGUUAAUUGUCACAGCCAAGAAACCCCUUUCAAUGGCGGAGGCCAUGUCCUGUGGAAUUUUCAGGCCAGAAAGUGGCAAAUUCAUCGAUCCGGACAUUGGCGACUUCCUUGAUCUCAACCAAGCCCUUCUGCACGGGCUGAUCGACGGCAACACUUGCGCCCUCAAGGACCCUUCAACAGGGCAACUAAAGAGUCUGAACUCUGCCCUAGAAGACGGUGACAUAGACGCUGCCAAAGGUCGCGUCAUCGAUCCUAAAACGAAAAAAUCAUACACUUUUGACACCGCCAUCGCACGCGCCCUGCUCGUCACGGUAGAAAGGCCCAUCACCUUCCAGCAGGCGCUCCGUCGCGGCUCCAUUGACUUUCUGAAGGGCACAUUUAAAGACCCAAGAACCAGUCGGGAAUGCACCUUGGAGGAGGCAAUUAAGUCGGAGCUCAUUGACCCUGAGUCAGCGGUCAUCAGAGACCCUGAAUCCGGACGGUUCAAAACUCUCAAAAGGGCGCUGAACGAAGGUCUAAUCGAUCUCAACAAAAGGGCAAUGUUUGACCCUCAGAGUGGAAAAGCAAAAACCCUGACCAUCCUCUUUGACCAGGGCACCAUCGUCUUCCUCCGAGAGCCACUGACCUUUGACUCUGCGGUUGAACUGGGCCACCUCGAUCUCACCACCGGCCGAUUUACUGAUCCAACCUCUGGUGAAAUUUUGACUCUGAAGGAAGCAGUGACCGCUGGUCUGAUAGACCCUGACUCGGCUCUGCUGAAAGACACUGAAAAGUGCAAAUUGGUUCGCCUCCCUGAUGCGUACAGAAAGGGCCUUAUCGACGCCGACAAAGGCACAGUAAUCAACACGGCCACCAGUCACUUCUGCCCACUCAAAGUGGCCUCCGACACCGGACUUUUAAUCACUCCGAAAAGGGGAAUUUCCCUAAUUGAGGCUCUGAAGUACGGAUUGUACCACCCGAAAGCGGGCGGCAAAUUCACCGACCCAUUUACCAACAGAAAACUGACCCUGUCCGAAACAAUCGAAACGGGCAUCAUAGACCCUAGUUUGACCCUGGUGAAAGACGCGCAGUCAGGCACAGUUAGUUCCCUCCCCGAAGCGAUGUCCUCCAAAUUAAUUGAUGCAAAACUUGGAGAAAUGAUGGAAAAUUCAAGCGGACGCAAGAUCGAUCUGCUACAGGCGUUGGACAGGGGAUACUUAUUAGCCGCCGAAGCGAGGGAAGCGUUGAUGGAAAAAUACCGCCACUGUGAUGAGACAAUAUCAAAACUCCUGGAAUGGAUCGCUGACAUCGAAGAGCAGCUUGCCAACCAGGACUUGCUCAAGGAAACUAUUGAAGAGCUUAAAAAUCAAAUCAAUGAUGUCAAGCGCAUCAAAGACGACCUGGAUGAGCACUCCAGGCCCGUGGCUACCAGCCUGGACCAGGCUCGGCAGAUCGCAGCCGAAGGCAAAGAGGUCUUCUCCAGCAACGAAGUGGCCCUGCUCGAGAGGAACGCUGAGAAACUCAAGUCCCGCUACGAGAAGGCCUCAGACCGAAGCGACAAACUUCUGCGAAAACUUCUGGCUGGGGAGGAAGAUCUCACCAAAUACAGGAAUGAGCUGAGAAACUUCACCUCUUGGCUUGUCAAGGCCCAACAGAGUUUGGAGGAGCGUGAGAAGUCGCUCGGCACUCUGCAGCGCAACGACUCCACCAAGGAGUUUGUGAUCGACGUCAUCUCCCACCAGGCCGACUUGCGGUUCCUCACCAUGGCCGCUCAGAAAUUCGUGGAAGACUCGAAGGACUACCUGUCCGUCCUGAACGAGUACAGAGUCAGUCUUCCUCAGCGGUUGUCCCACCUCGAGCCGAGGAAAUCGUCUCUGGUCAAGCAGGAGCUCCAGGAGGUAACUCAAGCCUACCAGGAGCUUCUUGCUGGUGCCAACAAACUCCAGGACAGAGUGGCUGGAGUAGGAGGCCGUCAAAAGGAGUACAAAGAUGCUCUGGACAAGGCCAGAGCGUGGUUGAAGGAGGCCGAACCAAGGGCCAAUAAGUGUCUUGCCGAACCAGUGAGCGCUGAACCAAGAGCCGUGGAGGAACAGCUGCUCAAGACCAAGUCUCUGCACACCGAGUUCAUUUCCAACGAGAGGCUGAUCAUUACUGCCGUGCAAACCACCACGUCUUUGAUCAAGUCUCUGGAGGGUGAGUUGUCCGCUCAGGACGCUGAUGCUCUGGAGACGCCGGUGAGGGAGUUGGAGAGCAAGUACAGGCAGCUGCUGAAUGCCUUGGGCGAACGUUGCCAGGCGCUGGAUAUUGCGCUGGUACAGAGCCAGGGAGUUCAAGACGCCCUUGACAACUUGGGUUCCUGGUUGAAUGCUUCCGAAGGACAGCUUAAAACACUGACACGCCCUGCCAGCCUAAUUAAGGAGAGACUGUUGGAGCAAAUUAGGGAGCACCGCAUGUUGCAAGCUGAUGUUGAUUCUCACCGAGCUGCAGUUGACCAGGUGUCUCAAUCUGCCCAAGAACUUCUUGCUACUGCCAGCAAUCCCAGGGUUGCUAAGAAAAUUGAAACCAAGCUUAAAGAAGUCACCACUAGAUUUGAGAAAAUGGCUGAGCGAGUCAAUAAGCAUGGAUUAUUCCUGGAAGAAGUUGCCAUUGAGCUUGAAAAGUGGACUCUGCAGAGCAACGCCAUUGAGAGUUGGCUGAUUGAGAUCACAGAUGCCAUCGAAGUGGCCUCAAAAAUGCCCGCAGAAGAGCAACAGGUUCGCCUUGAUAAGGCCCUUCAAGCAAGAGACGCAAAGAAGCCUGAGUUUGAAGAAAUUCUGCGUUCAGGCAAAGCUCUCGUCUCCAAGAAGGAUGUGACUGACACCAACCAAGUCAGAGACAAGCUGAAGGCAUUGGAGAGUCAGUGGAAGGACUUUGGCAUGAUUCUCGAAGAGAGGCAGAAACUUGGCAAGGCCCGUGCUGAGCAGCUCAACGCUUAUGAAAAACUGCGAGUGCAAGUUUUGGAAUGGCUCACGUACAUGGAGAACCGAGUCAACCAGCUUGCACCAGUGGCAAUCGAACCAGAGGCAAUCAAGAAGCAAGCAGAAGAAAUUAAGCCCUUGGUCAAAGAGCAUCGUGACUACGCCAACACAGUUGACAAGGUCAAUGAUCUGGGCAACGCGUAUGACGCCCUUCUGCGUGGUGAAAGGCCAGACUCGCCUAACCGCAGGCGCAGCUCUGCCUUCAGCCCCACAAAGAGACCCUCUGUCAACAACCAGAGGCGUGGAUCGCAAGAUGCAAGAAGCCCAUCACCAACUAAGUUGGCUAACAAUUUCAAUAACAUGCAGAGUCCUGUUUCACCGAAUGGUUCUAGUGGCUUUAGCAGUCGCAGAUCCUCACAGGACGGUUUCCAUUUGGAUGAUAGUCCUGUGCAGCAGCAGCUCAGCGAGAUCAACAACAGGUAUACCCUGUUGGGCUCGCGGCUCACUGACAGGCAGAGUGAGGUUGAGGCGCUCAAGGAUGAAAUCCGAAAGCACCUUGACAACCUUAAAGCGCUCUCGCAGUUCCUGGACAAGAUCCAGCGACAGCUGCCCAAAGAUUCUGUGCCUCAGAACAGAGACGAGGCUGAUAAAAUUGCCCGUCAAAUUAAGGCAAUUGUGGAAGAAAUGUAUGAGAAGCAAUCUCUCCUGGACAGCACUCGAAACCAGAUCAAUGACAUGCUGAAGCGCAAACCAAACGCACCAGGUGCCGACAACUUGAGAGACGAACUUGCAGAUGUGGUCUCCAGAUGGAAGGGACUUCAAGAUCGGUGCAAAGACAGAACCAAGUUCAUGGAAGAUCUCAAGGACUUGCUGGACACUCAAGAUCAGCUGUCCAACUGGCUUACUGCUAAAGAUCGCAUGAUGACUGUCUUGGGUCCAAUUUCAUCUGACUCGAGAAUGGUUCAGAGCCAGGUGCAGCAGGUGCAAGUGUUGAGAGAAGAAUUCAGGACACAGCAGCCUCAGUUGAAACACUUGACAGAUCUGGGAGAAGCAGUUUUGUCCCGCUUGGACGAGAACUCGCCUGAUGGCCAGAGAGUAGCCAACAAGGUCAACAACAUUUUGGAGCGCUGGGCUGACCUUUUGGGCAAACUGGAAGAUCGCGCCAAUUCGCUCGGAGCAGCUGCCAACACAAGUCGAGAAUUCGACGCCGGCCUUGCCCGCCUCAGAGAAGCCCUCCAGGCUAUUUCUGAUGAGCUUGAUGACCUGCCAAUGGACAAGGAGCCAGAAGAGCUGCUUAGAAAGUUGGAGAACCUGGAAAGGCAGCUUGAAGGCAAGAGACCAUUGCUUGCUGAUGCCGAAGCGGCUGGUGAACAGCUUUGCCAAGUUUUGGGUGAUUCGGCCUCUAGAGCUGAAAUUCAAGGCAAACUGGCCCAAGUAAAUAGGCAGUACCAGGGCAUCCAGAGGAAACUGGACAUGAAGAAGGCAGAGCUGGAAGGCAGCCUGAGGGAUGGUCGCCAGUUUGGUGAAGACUGUGCCAGAACUUUGGGCUGGCUGAAUGACGAACUGAGCCAGCUGUCUGAAAAGCUGCUUGUGUCUGCCGAUCGACAUGUACUGCAGCAACAGCUCGAACAACACGAGCCUGUGUACCGUGAUGUAAUGGCCAAGGAGCAUGAAAUCAUCAUGCUACUGAACAAGGGACGAGACACGAUUGCCAAGUCGCCUCAGCAGCGCUCUGGUUCUGAAAGAAAUCUCCAGCGAGAUCUCGACAAGAUCCAGCAGGCGUGGGAGAAACUCAGGAAAGAUGCGGUCGAUAGAAACACCAGACUUCAGACAUGCAUGGAACACUGCCGCAAGUUCUACAGAGGCCAAGAAUCAUUCAUGCCUUGGCUUGAGCAGGCAGAGGCCAAGCUGGACACUUUGCGGCCUACAAGCUUCAAGAAGAAGGACAUUGAGCGUCAGUUGAAGGAGUUGCAAAACUUCCGCAAUGACAUUUGGCGCCACUCUGGAGAGUACGAGAACAACCGUACACAAGGAGACACCUUCAUGGGUGCCUGUGAUAUGGACAAGGAUGUUGUUCGCAAUGAGCUGGCCAACAUGAAGGAAAGAUGGGAUGCUCUUAACAACGAGCUACUCGAGCGAACUCAAGCCCUAGAGGACACAGCGCGUCGUCUUGCUGACUUCAAUGACAACCUUCGAGAUCUUUCUCACUCCUUGGCUCGCUGUGAGGACAAACUUGCCUCUCAUGAUGCUCUGGGCGGUGCUUCCAAGGACCCGAAACUGCUGGAAAGAAUCAAGAAUUUGAGAGAAGAGACCGCAGCUUUGAAAACGCCUUUGCAGUCUGUCAAACAGCAAUCAGGAGAUUUGGUUGCGCGAGCCUCUCAGAAUGGUGCCGACGCUUCGUCCCUUGAGGAGGAAGUGGACACUCUUGCCGACCGCCUGGAUGACCUGACUGCGAGACUGGACGACCGCUGCAAUGAACUCCAGUCGGCUGCUUCUGCUGUUGGCCAGUUCAAUGACCAGAUCAAGGGUCUGACCCAUGACCUGUCAGGCCUGGAGGAGGAACUGGACGCCAUGAAACCUCCAGCAAGAGAGAUCAAGGUGGUUAGAACGCAGAUUGAUGACACAGCAAAACUUCUGCGCAAAAUUAACAAGGCUGGAGAGGACGUGGUUCAAAUUGUGGAGGCUGGAGAAGAGCUUGUUGAUUCUGGAUUUGCGUCAGACGUCGCCGCCACCAGAGAGCAGGUUGAACUGCUGCAAAAGCAGCUCGGCCGCUUAGAGGAGCGUGCCAAGGGCAGGGAAGAAGCCCUGGACAGCACUCUGCGCAGACUUGAGUCCUUCUAUGAGGUGCACACUGCCGUUGUUCGGGAGAUUGUUGAUGUCUGGGAACAGACCAAAAGGUUCAAGACGGUCGCGACUGAAGUUGAGGCCAUCAGGACCCAGCAAGAAGAGUACAGAGAGUUCCACACUGCCCACAUUGAGGGGCUCACCAUUCAGGUGGACGAGUGCAACAAAUCUGGCCAGGGUCUCAUCCAGAGUGCGGCUCCAGGCGUGAACACGAAUUCAUUGGAGAAGGACUUGGAGAAGAUGAAUGAGAAGUGGAAUGACCUCAAAGAAAAGUUGAACGAGAGACAACGCAAAUUGGAUGUUGCCCUCCUCCAAUCGGGCAAAUUCCAAGAGGCCCUGGAUGGCCUUGCAAAGUGGCUCACAGACACAGAGGAAAUGGUUGCUAAUCAAAAACCACCUUCAGCUGACUACAAGGUGGUCAAGGCUCAGCUACAGGAGCAAAAGUUCCUGAGCAAAAUGUUGGCUGAUCGUCAAAACUCGAUGUCUUCCCUGUUCACCAUGGGGCAAGAAGUGGCCGCCAGUGCCGAUCCAUCAGAGCGCAAGCAAAUUGAAAAGCAGCUCAAGGAACUUAUUGGUCGCUUCGACAAUCUGUGCAACGGCGCCCAGAAGAGGCAGGAGGAUCUUGAGAGGGCCAUGGAGGUUGCUAAGAGAUUCCAGGACAAACUCGCUCCUCUCAAUGAGUGGCUCGACAAGACUGAGAAGAAAAUCAAAGACCUCGAAGUUGUGCCGACAGAUGAGGAGAAAAUUCAACAGCGCAUCAAGGAGCAUGACAAUCUGCACAAAGAAAUCAUUCGCAAGAAGCCUGACUUUGAUGAUCUGGCUGAUAUUGCUCAGCUGCUCAUGUCUCUUGUCGGAGAAGAUGAAGCAAGUGCUCUUGCUGAUCGCCUCCAAGAAGCCUGUGACAGGUACGCUGCCCUGGCCCUCGACUCUGAAAGAGCUGGAGCUCUGCUUCUUGAGUCUAAGGCUGGACUGCGCCACCUUGUCCUGUCAUACCAAGAACUACAGGCAUGGAUGGACGAGAUGGAGAGACGUCUUGGCCGAUACAAGAUCUUGGCCGUACAUGUUGACAAGCUGCUAGAGCAAAUGAAUGAUCUUGCUGAUGUAACUGAGGAAAUUGCAAACCACCAGCAAGCAAUUGACAGCACCGUCGACAUUGGUCUUGAGCUCAUGAAGCACAUCACCAAUGAUGAGGCCAUCCAGCUGAAGGACAAGUUGGACGUGCUUCAACGUCGCUUCAGUGACCUCACCGUCAAGGGAUCAGACUUGCUCAAGCAGGCCCAAAUCGCCCUUCCUCUGGUCCAGAACUUCCACGAAAGCCACACCAAGCUUGUCGACUGGAUGCACUCGGCUGAGGGCUCUCUGCAGUCUUUGGAGAGUGGCUCUAGCGGAGGCGGGUCCACUUCCUUCGGACAAAACCAAGAGGAGGAGAUCCGCAGGCUGGAAGCCGACCUUGCCGAGUACAGACCCGUCCUAGACACCAUCAAUGUGGUUGGACCCCAAUUAUGCCAACUGUCGCCUGGAGAGGGUGCUGCCACCAUCGAAGGAUUGGUCACCAGGGACAACAGACGCUUUGACGCCAUUGCAGAACAAAUCCAACGCAAGGCUGAACGCAUUCACCUGUCGAAGCAGCGGUCCAUGGAGGUUAUCGGAGAUCUGGAUGAGCUCCUUGACUGGUUCCGUGAGAUUGACGGUCAGUUGCGUGAGGCUGAGCCACCAAGCGCCGACCCUGAUGUCAUCAGGGUUCAACUCAAAGAGCACAAGGCACUCAAUGAUGACAUCUCCAGCCAGAAGGGCCGUGUUCGAGACGUCCUUUCCACUGCCAAGAAAGUCCUCAGAGAAACUAACCAAAACGAAGACACCUCUGUCAUUCGUGAGAAGGCGGAGGACCUGCGGGAAGUCAUGGAAACUGUCUCUGCGCUCAGCUCAGACAGACUCAGCGCUCUGGAACAGGCUUUGCCUUUGGCUGAGCACUUCCAUGAAACCCAUGCUGGACUCUCUGCCUGGAUGGACGACAUGGAGCAACAGGCCAGCAUGUUGCAACUGCCAGCGCUGAGACCUGAUUUGAUUGCCCAACAGCAAGACAGAAAUGAGCUCUUCUUGCAAUCCAUCAAUGAGCACAAGCCUUUAGUUGACAAAUUGAACAAGACUGGUGAGGCUUUGGUCAACCUCUGCUCACCUGAAGAGGGUGCUAAGGUUGCUGACAUCAUGGAGGCUGACAAUGCUCGCUAUGCCGCCCUUAAGGCAGAAUUGCGUGCCAGACAGCAGGAGCUGGAGAAAGCCCUUCAAGAGAGCUCUCAGUUCUCUGACAAACUCGAAGGCAUGCUUCGCGCUCUUGCCUCCGCUGCUGACGCAGUGCACGGAGCCGAUCCUGUGUCCGCCCAUCCACCCAAGAUCAAGGAGCAGAUCGACGAAAACUCUUCUUUGGCUGAAGACCUCGACAAGAGGGAGUCGGCCUUUGAGGCUGUCAAGCGUGCUGCCGAAGAUGUUAUUGGCAAGGCUAAGAACAAGCAAGAUCCUGCCGUCAAAGAUAUCAGAAAUAAACUCGAGCGACUCAACAAGCUUUGGAAUGAAGUUCAAAAGGCAACCAACGAUCGUGGCAAGUCUUUGGACGGCACGCUGUCGAUUGCUGAGAGGUUCUGGAGGGAACUCGAGGCCAUCAUGCACACCCUGAAGGACUUGCAAGAUACGUUGCAGUCCCAGGAACCACCUGCGGUUGAGCCCUCUGCCAUCAAGCAGCAGAAGCAGGUCCUGCAAGAGAUCAAGCGGGACAUUGACCAGACUAAGCCAGAGGUGGACAAGUGCAGACAGACUGGUCAGAGUCUGAUGAAAAUGUGCGGAGAGCCCGACAAGCCUGAAGUCAAGAAGCACAUCGAAGAUCUGGACCAUGCAUGGAAUAACAUCACCGCCCUGUAUGCCAAGCGGGAGGAGAAUCUCAUUGAUGCUAUGGAGAAAGCAAUGGAGUUCCACGAGACUCUACAAAAUCUCCUUGCAUUCCUCGAAAAGGCUGAGAACAAGUUUGCCAAGAUGGGUCCUCUGGGCUCUGACAUUGACCAGGUCAAGAGGCAGAUUGAACAGCUCAAGGACUUCAAGGCUGAAGUUGAUCCCCACAUGGUCAAGGUUGAAGCCCUUAACAGAUCCCUUCAAAGGCAAGCACAGGAGUUGACCGAGCGCACCUCUGCUGACCAGGCAGCCGCCAUCAAGGAGCCCCUCUCUGCCGUCAACAGACGAUGGGAUGAGCUUCUCCGCGCCAUGGUCGAGCGCCAGCGUCAACUGGAGAAUGCUCUUCUUCGUCUUGGCCAGUUCCAACAUGCUCUGGGUGAACUCAUGGUCUGGAUAGACCGUACCAACAAGACCCUGGAUGAACUAAAGCCAGUUGUGGGAGACCCGCAAGUGCUGGAGGUUGAGCUGGCCAAACUUAAGGUGUUGGUCAAUGACAUCCAAGCUCACCAGACCAGUGUAGAUACUCUAAAUGAUGCUGGCCGCCAGAUCAUCGAGUCUGAAAAGGGCACGACCAACGCCUCUGUCACUCAGGACAAGCUCAACAACCUGAACGUCAAGUGGAGAGAACUUCUGCAGAGAACUGCUGACAGGCAGAGAGAACUGGAAGACGCCCUCAAAGAGGCCCACGAGUUCAAUGCUGAGGUGCAAGAUUUGCUCUCUUGGUUGAGUGACGUGGACAGCAUCAUUGCCGCAUCCAAACCUGUGGGAGGUCUUCCUGAAACAGCCAUGGAGCAGCUGGAGCGAUUCAUGGAAAUCUACAACGAACUGGAAGAAAAUAGGCCAAAGGUUGAAACCGUUCUUCAGCAGGGCAACGAAUAUCUGAAGAGAUCCAGUGCUGGUGCUGCCAAGAACUUGCAAAACCAGCUGAAGACCCUGAAGCAGCGAUGGGAUAGUGUAACGGCCAGGGCCAACGACAAAAAGAUCAAGUUGGAAAUUGCCCUUAAAGAAGCCAACGAGUUCCACGAGGCGCUUCAGGAGUUUGUCGACUGGCUGACCAGUGCUGAAAAGACCCUGAGCAACCUGAAGCCUGUGUCUCGCGUUAUGGAGAUUAUCCUGGAGCAAAUUGAAGACCACAAGACUUUCCAAAAGGAAGUCAGCUCUCACCGGGAGACCAUGCUGGCGCUCGACAAAAAGGGAACACAUCUGAAGUACUUCUCGCAGAAGCAGGAUGUGAUUCUGAUCAAGAACCUUCUCAUCAGCGUCCAGCACCGAUGGGAGCGAGUCGUUUCCAAGUCUGCCGAGCGCACCAGAGCUCUCGACCUCGGUUACAAGGAGGCCAAGGACCUCCAUGACAGCUGGUCGGAGUUGAUGAAGUGGCUGACGGAGGCUGAAGAUUCUCUGGAUGAAUUGGCAGCCACGACUGGAAAUGAUCCUGAGAAAAUCAAACUGCAGCUUGCCAAGCACAAGGAGUUCCAAAGGGCUCUUGCUGCCAAACAACCAAACUAUGACAGCACCAUGCGCCUUGCCAAGAAUGUCAAGGAGAAGGCACCAAAGUCGGACGAACAGACGCUCAAGGACAUGAUGACUGAGCUCAAGAACAAGUGGAACAGCGUGUGCGCCAAAUCUGUCGACAGACAGAGGAAGCUGGAGGAGGCCUUGCUUUUCUCCGGGCAGUUUAAGGACGCCGUGCAGGCUCUUCUGGAUUGGCUUAAGAAAGUCGAAGGCUCGAUGGUUGAGGAUGGACCUGUGCAUGGAGAUUUGGAUACUGUGAACGCCCUGAUUGACAAACACAAGUCCUUCAAAGAAGAUCUUCAGAACAGGGAAACACAACUUAAGUCGGUGCUCAAGACUGGCUCUGAGCUGAAGUUGAAGGCCUCUGCUGCGGACGCUGAAACCAUCACCAGACAGUUGGACGAGAUGAAUGAAUCUUGGUCAAAGGUCACUCGCAUGAGUGACAGGAGAACUGCUCGUCUGGAGGAUGCCCUUAAGGAUGCUGAAAAACUGCACAAGUCGGUCCAUAUGCUCCUCGAGUGGCUGUCUGACGCUGAAAUGAAGCUCAGAUACGCCGGACAACUGCCUGAGGAUGAGAUGGAAGCAAGGCAGCAGAUUGAAGACCACGCCAAAUUCCUCAGGGAACUCAGUCAGAAGGAGUACGAGAAGGACGACACCAUUACUCUAGCGCAGGAAAUCCUCGAGAAGGCUCAUCCUGACGCCAUUUCUGUCAUCAAGCACUGGAUUUCCAUCAUCCAGUCCAGAUGGGAAGAAGUUUCCAGCUGGGCCAAGCAGCGCGAGGCCAAGCUCAAGGACCACAUUCAAACCCUGCACGACAUGGAAGACAUUCUGGAGGAACUCCUCGCCUGGUUGGGUGGACUGGAGAGAACUUUGCAGGACCUGGAAUCAGAAGAGCUUCCAGAGGAGCCUGUGUUGAUUGAAGCUUUGAUCAAGGACCACACCGAGUUCAUGGAGAACACUGCCAAGCGGCAAGGGGAUGUGGACGGGGUGUGUAAGCCUCGCCAGAUCCAGGCGCCCAACCCCACCAAGCAGCCCGCAACUCUGGGCCGCAAGGGCUCCAAGCCCAAGACCAGCAUUGGGGGUAGAGACGACUAUGAUGGAUACAGGGACCGUGAGUCCUCACCCGAACAUGACCUGGGCAGGAGAUCAAGCCUCAGGCACGGAUCUCGGGAAUCAACUCCUGGUAUCCAGAUGCGCAAAGACAGUCGUGCAAGCCCAACCAGAGAGAAAACGCCAGACGAUUUGCCUCACUACGGACCUCGUUUCCCUCCCAGAGGAAGCAAAGCGGAGCCGCAGUUCCGCAACCCACGGGUCAAGCUGCUCUGGGACAGGUGGAGAAACGUCUGGAUGCUUUCUUGGGAGAGACAGCGUCGUCUGCAUGACCGUCUUAAGUACCUGAUUGAGCUUGAAAAGGUCCGCAACUUCAGCUGGGACGAUUGGAGAAAGAGGUUCCUCAAGUUCAUGAACCACAAGAAGUCCAGACUCACCGACCUCUUCCGCAAGAUUGACAAGAACGGAGACAGUCUCAUUCCACGUGAAGACUUCGUUGAUGGAAUCAUCAAAACUAAAUUUGACACCAGUCGCCUGGAGAUGAAUGCAGUGGCUGACAUGUUCGACCACGACUCGCAGGGCCUGAUCGACUGGCAUGAAUUCAUCGCUGCCCUCAGACCAGACUGGGAGGAUAAGAAGCCCAAGAAUGAAGCAGACAAGAUACAUGACGAGGUCAAGAGGCUGGUCAUGAUGUGCACUUGCAGACAGAAGUUCAGGGUGUUCCAAGUUGGGGAAGGAAAAUACAGGUUCGGUGACAGUCAGAAACUGAGGCUGGUGAGGAUUUUGCGUUCAACUGUGAUGGUUCGUGUCGGCGGCGGCUGGGUGGCUCUUGACGAGUUCUUGGUUAAGAAUGAUCCUUGCAGAGCUAAGGGUCGAACCAACAUAGAGCUGCGCGAGCAAUUCAUCUUGGCCGAAGGUGUUUCCCAGAGCAUGACUGCCUUCAAAGCCAAACCCAGUCCCAACUCGUCCAAUGUGUCGAGCCAGGGCGGUUCUGGCCAACGAAGUUCCUUCUCAGGCACAACAGGUCCCAUCACCAAGGUGCGAGAAAGGAGCGCGCGUAGCGUGCCCAUGAACAACAAGGGCCGCUCGUCCUUCUCCGGCGGCACUCCGGACUCCCUCAGCGACAACGAGGGUGGAUACCCGCGCACAUUCCGCAAAACGUCAGCACCGGUCGGUCGGUCCAGCUUGACGCCGGGCGGCAGUCAGCCUGGCAGCCGCCCCGGCAGCAGGACCGGAAGCAGACCUGUCAGCAGGCACGGCUCCAACAUGUCACUUGACAGCACAGAUGAGUGUUGCACUCCAAGUCGCAUUCCCAUGAGACGCGUGACGGCGCCUUCAAGUGGCUACGGCAGAACAACCAUCUCUUCAACCAGGAAACUCACAGUGCCCAUCAACGGCACAGCUCCCUCGUCUCGUCCACGAACACCGACUAGCCUGAGCACGCCGACCGGCAGGACCGGCGGCAGGAUGCAGAGGGCAACGUCGGCGUCCAGUAUACCCUCGUUGUCAGGGUCAGGCAUUAGGUCGCGGAUUCCGGUCUAUGUUGGUUCCGAAUCUUUAGCGAAUCAGCAGGCGUCCGCCUUAACUUCUGCUUCAUGUCCUGGUUCAAAAAGGACCAGUUCGUCUAACAUUCCUGUCCUUCUGAAGAAUUCAUCCAGGCCAGUAACUUUUAAAGAGACAAAAAGUUGCACGCCUAAGGGCAGGUCGAGAACACCAUCAGCGUCCAACAUUCCUGUUUUAGUAGCAAACUCCAGCAGGGCCCGAACGCCUUCAGGCUCAAGCACCAGCACGCCAGGCACCGCCACGCCCGCCUACACGUCCAAGUUGGUGCGCCGUUCGUCGGGAGCGUCGGACACAGCGACAGGAAUCGCUCGCAAGAGUUCCACCAAGUCGUCGUCACCUGCGCCAUUCCACCUUUAGAUAAGAAGCUCUCUAACGACCUGAAUUAACUACUACAACCUGUGUUCUUGAAUAACCGCAAACAGUGAUUAACUCCUCAAAGUAUAUAGUUUUAACCACCGCGUUUACUUAAAAGACGGAAUCGAAAUUUUUGUUAAUUUUUUUUAAACGAAAAAAAGACCAUCGUGUAUAACAAGGGGAGGCCCCAGUUCUUUUUAUGAUUUGUAUUAAUUUAGUUUUUAACACAUAUCAAAUGAUGAGUUGUAACGUGUCCCUUAAUCUAGUUUUUGUUGUUGCAUUGUACCAGCACCAUUACUAAAUCACCAGAUAGGUCUGACAAACAAGCUAUAAACUCUCCGUUCGGCCAUCGAGUCCAACGCCAUAGAGCUCGUCUGCAAUGAUCCUGGCUUUAGCCCAAUAACUCCUGUUGAUACAUGUGCGGUGCAUCGGCGGGACAUUAUUUUGUACAAAACCAAGCUCUGGGACGAGCUGAAGAAAAGGGGGGUCUUUUCUGGCUGCGAACCUUGGUCGUGAGAGAGGUGCCGACGAAGAGCCAAUCAAAGUUACAUUUUCUUUGCCAUAUACACAAACUAGUUUUUAUUCAAGUUGGCUCUUAACGUGGCGCGUUACUACUAAUAUUGAGACGCAUGUUAAAAGUGAAGGACUAAUAACGACUGAAUUAAUCAAGAUGAAAAUAAAUGAUACUAUAUUAUUUGCAACUGGCAUAAAAUAAGUAUGGUGUAAAUAAACCAUCACUACUGUGUAAUCAAGUAUAUCUAGUGUGUAUCUUUGAAUUUGUAUAGAGAGAGAAAAAGAAACGCGUUCGUUUAUCUUUCAGGCACAACUUUGUAAGUUUUCCCCCGAUUACGAGCCCUCCGUGAAAAAAAGCACUCGUGUAUUGUAUUUUUAGUUUCGAAUCUACCUAUCUUCCUUAGAGUCGCGUUUGCCAAUAUAAAAUGGAGAGAAAAGUGAAUGAUCAGCACAAAUUAUUUUUAUGGAACGCUGAUUUGUUCGACGCUGUGAGCUUAUUUGAUACGAGGUUUACACCACUUGCCUGUAAAAAAAUUGCAUUGCACCUUUCUGCUGCUACGUGUCAAGCAGACUCUGCGUUUGGAAUUGUGUAAAAAUUAUAAAUAAGUACCUAUAUAGAUUGUUUGUUCUCGUUUGAACCAGAAGAGUGGGCAAGUUGCAAUUGUGAAAAGCAGAAUUGAUUAAAUUGUCGGAAGCUUUAGUUUCAUUUCGGUAUCUAUAUGUGUCGGGCGUUUUGAUCCACCAAAAUUACACAACAUGAUUAUACAAAAGCAUGAACAUUAAAAUAGAUUAAUAAUCUUGUUAACAUGAUAAUUUUUGCUUAAUAAAAUCUCACCUAAUUAAA